AUGCGGCGGCAGGCUCGGUUUAUAGUCGGCGGCACGCUUGUAGCGCGUACCGCCUCUGCUUUACAAGUUUGGCUGUGGUUGCUACUGUUUGUUUUUCAAAAUGAAUUCCGGAUAUCAGGGUCCAUUCAACCAGGAUAUUUGGACUUUGACAACCUCCCAGACACAAAUUUCACAUGUGCUGGCAAAGUGAUUGGGGGUUACUAUGCUGAUUUGGAGACUUCAUGUCAGAUGUUCCACGUGUGCACAGUAGGCCAGAACGAAGAACCUAUGGAUAUCAAAUUCCUUUGCCUCAACGGCACUGUAUUUGAUCAGGAAACGAGAGUCUGCGAAAGAGUAGACGAAGUCGAUUGCACAAAGUCUGAAAAGUUCUAUAGUUUAAAUUUAGAAUUGUAUGGAAGCACUGCACCUCCCAUUAUACAACCUGAAACACCAGAAACUAAACUACAACCAAAACCUACAGAAGCAUCGAAUACACUUACAUCCAAUAAACCCACCACAACAGACUUAUCAGAUCCAUUUACUAGUGACUUAUCUACUACACCUGAUAAAACACAAAAUCAGUCUUCGGAAAUCAUAGAUUCUACCGAAGACCCAAUCCAGGAAAUAAAACAGGAUGAUAACAAAAAUUCCGCAUCUUACUCCACUUUGCAAUCUAAACAAGAAGAAAAUAAAAAAGAUUAUGAAGAAGAUGAAGACAGUAUUGACGAUGAUGACGUCGAAUAUGAGGAAGACAUCGCACCGCCUGUGAGUUCUACAACUGCGGAAAGCAUCACUUCUACAUCUACCACAACACGAAAGCCUUCAACGAGCCAAUUGCCACCACUAUCGACAGUGUCACCAUCGUCGUCACCCACACCUAUACCCCAUUUUAUUACUUCUUCUACGCCGUCUAUUUCUUCUUAUUCACCUCAAAUACCCUCAAUAAAACCAUCCAUAAUACCGUCGUCAACUUUAGAUCCUUCAUUACUUUCACCUCAAGAGUUUAUAUAUCGGCAUCGAGGGCCUGGAUCUGAAGCCAUAUCCUUUCAAAGACAAAGUUUUCGUCCGGCUGAUGGUAUAUAUAUAACUCAUGCCCCACCACAGCAGUUUGACCACUUCCAAUACGAAUCUUCAAGAACUGCACCUCGCCCAUCACGUCCAGUGCCAUUUGUGCAACGUCCACAGCCGACGCCUUUUCGUCCAACUACACCUGAUCCGCGAGACCAAAUAUUACGGCCUGGUCAAAGUUCACAAUCUUCUGAAAGGUUAGAAACUACAGUGAAACAUCGGCAUCAAAAUUACCCACAACAUUUGCCCCCUCAGCAACCAUUACCUUUUAAUCCAUUUUAUUAUGAUCGCAAACGCAGUGAGGAUUCCAGCCCCGAAAAUGAAUCUUCACUAUCAGCAAGAUCUGUACCACCCCUUACAGUAACAGAACGUAUUCUGCCCAAACCAAAAAGCCCACCACGUGUUAUAGUGACGGCUAGUGCAUCUGUAAGCGAUAGUAACGGCAAAAGGUUGAACUAUACCGUCGGUAAUGUGGUUAGUGCAGUAAAGCCAAUCGUGGCAAUAAACUAUGAUGAUUAUAAAGAAUCUGACCUCAUAUUUGACCCAUUCUUUCUCGAUGUGCCAAAACUACAAUCACGAAGGAAGACUAGAUCAAGUAAUAUUAGAAAAAUAGUAAAUGUCCCAAUGACAGCAACCGUGUCUGCAAAGAAUAUUAAAGAAAAGGUUUCACCGACAAUUCACAAGGCGAAACCUAUUAAAGUAGUGUCAACUUCUACAACAACCACAACCACGGCAGCCUGGAACCCCGAGGACUAUGUUGAUGAUAAUUAUGAACCACAUUCUUAUUAUAUUCCACCACCUCCGCCUUUAGCAGUGUUAGUCACGGACAUAAAAAUUAUGAAACCAGACAGAUUAUUGAACGAUGUUGUUGGGAUUAAAUCUAAUUAUAACAAGGUUGACAUAUCUAAGGAACAAGCCAAACCGACGUCUUCUAUAGCGCAUGAAAUCUCUAGUCAAAGUGUGGGUACUGAGGCUACUCUGCCGGUCACCUCACCGAUUCCUAUCGAGGCGCCCGCUUGCAUUACUUCGCGCUCUAAUGACUGUCGGAUUCGUGCCUAA